AACGUUCCUUAUUGUUAGCUCAGCGUCUUCCGUUGCCUAGGAGAUGCUUUCGAGCCGCCUGCGGAGGAGAAUUAUCUGACGUCAAGGGCUGCUUGGUGCAGCCAGUUUGAGGGACUAUUUGUUUUCUCCGGGGGGAGCCAGGCGCAGGGUUACAUCGCGAGCUCGUACCGGAGGGCAGGUGCUGUGGUAGGGAGCAGGAUGGAUCUGCUGGAGCGCAAGGGGGCGCUGAGCCUGCGCUCGGGGUGCGCACAGUACAGCAAUGCCACUCUCCUGCCUCCCAGCCUUCAAGACAGAGAGGCUGAACCUAAGGAUUAUAAUAUAAACCAAGUUCCUUUGGGUUCAAAGAAUUUAUGUCGAUCUACUUACUGGAGACUUGGAAAUAUGGAUGAAGUGUGGGUCACUACAUAUCAGGAUCAUUUGUCUCAACCCUUUACAAAUAAAGAAUAUAAGGAAAUGAAGAUUUGUAACUCCAUGCUAAAUGAAGAUAACUUUGAAGAUGGUGUUAUUGACAGGAAGACUGGACUACCCCAAACAGGCAUGGGAGCUGUGUUACCAAGACACCCUCCAGACCACUUUAAAAUGGAUCUAGAUACAACAUAUCAUAUAGAAUAUGUUCCUCCAUGUGACUACACACCAUAUGUUGGAGUCCAACCAGAUGGUUAUUCUGUAGUUCAUAGAAAAUGUCAUUCUCAGUUUACUGACACAGCAGAUUACAGAAGACAUGGCAUCAACACUUGGCAAGAUGAGAGUGGGAUUUAUGCCAAUGCAGCUAUAAAGCACAAGUCCUUCCCAGUAACUAAUCCUAUACCUUCAAAUGUACUUGAUUCCUGAACCAAACCCAAGUAACUCAAUCUGAAAAAGAAAUUCUGCAUUUCACACAUUGACUAUAUUUACCAAAUAUAUAUAUAAAAAUAUAUUUGAAAUACUUGCUUUUGUUUGCUUUACAGGAGUGACCCAUCUACAGUAAGGAAAUAUAUGGCAUAUGUUUUAUAUGAAUCAUUUGUAUAUAUUGAGUAUUUUUAUGAUUAAUCACUUUUAUGGUACUUUGCUAGAUGUAUAUACUGGAGAUCAAAGGUUUAGCUGAAACCCUUUUUUUCCAAUAUGAAAAAUGAACAACACUUUGAUUAAGACUACAGACAAUGGCACUGCUGCCCACAAAAUUCACAUUAACUGACAGGCAGCUAUCAGUAAUGGACAAAAAGCCAGCAAUCCCUCUAACUUCCACAUUUUUUUUCUCUUUGUUAUUGCCAUCUUGCUUCUACAGACUUGACCUGAACUUGAUGUAGGACUUAAAGGGAUCUUUCUAGGUCAUCAUCAUAUCCAGUCUUUGCUUAUUGUAGGCAACUAUCUCAUAUAAUCUUGUUAAUAAACUUUUUGAGAUUUAUGUUAAAAUUAGGCAGGUUUGCCCUCACCUGGAAAGUUAUUCUAGAUCCUCACUGCUCUGAUUUAAGAACCUCUUCUAAUUUCUAGCUUAAAUUUAUGCAGAUACCAUGUCUCUCUUUGCCGUGUUGUGGCAUGUCUCAAAAAAAGCUCACAUUUAAUAAUCUCAUAUUGGAAGUUGAUAAAGUAAAAAAAUUCUA